GAGCAUUGAAUACACGUGUGAUAAUGGCACCCAACUCCCGUAUCAUCCUCACUCGCCACGCGCAGGCCGAGCACAAUGUCGGUCUCGAUUACUCCAUCCACGACGCACCUCUUACGCCGCUGGGCAAGAAACAAGCAGCAGCACUCGCUCCACAAGUCGAAGCUCUCUCCCAAGAAGUCGACCUCGUUGCCACCAGCCCUCUCAAGCGCACCUUGCAAACCACCAAACUCGGCUGGGCGCCCGCAAUCUCGCGCCUAGGCGGCCUCGAAAAAGUGAUUCUCCUCCCCGAAUUCCAAGAAUGCAACGACUUCCCCUGCGACACGGGUUCUUCACAAGAAAUCCUCUCCCAGGACCCCGAACUGCACGGAUUUAAUUUCUCACACCUCCCGCCCGACUGGACAUCGAAGCAAGGCUUCUGGUCCGCAGAUCGCACGCGGAUUGCGCAGCGAGCGAAAUGGGUGCGACAGUGGUUGCGUAAUCGGCCCGAGCAGACGAUUGUGCUCGUGGGACAUGGAGAUAUUUUGCGCGAGUUGACGGCGAGUGCAGAGGGGCCGAGUGGGUAUAUGUGGAAGAAUGCGGAGGCGAGGAUGUUUACGUUUGAUCCCUCGACGGUGGAGGGGGAUGAGUGCUUUCUGUGGCAGGAGAAGGGAAAGGAGGUGGCUGUGGCGGGAGGCUAUGCUCCGACGAGUACGGAGGAUGAUAUUUUGGGUGUGGGGAAUGGGAAGAAGUUGUGAAGUUGUUGCGAUCUAUAUAGUAGUUAGUGGUGGUUGAUGAAGUGAUGAUAGAGGUAGAGUAGUAGAUGAGGCAUAGAUUCCAGCAACAAGCUGAUAGAAGAAAGACUUGGUAAAAU